AUGGAAGCCGACGAACUCAUAUUGAAUAUGGGAUUUGCCAUCGGCCUCUACGAAUCCGGCUUCUUAGUUACCAGUGAGCCUCUUAUUCCUUGUGACGGCUCGGAGAUGUCGGAUUCCAUCUCGAGUUCCUUGAUCGAAGUGGAAGAGAUUAGUCAGGAGGAUGACUUAUCGAACAUAUCUCCAUCUUAUCUCUUGGACAACUCUCGCGAUGAACUCAGUCUUUCGCCCUAUAAUAAGAAAUUUGUUAAGAAGCAAGGUGUCCUUGGUGGUCUGGGCAAAGUGCAAUUAUUGGGCCGAAACCCUUCACUCGCAGGGGAGCUCUUAGAUGAGGAAGAGGAUGAUAGCGACGGUGAUAGCCUUGAAGCCUUCGUAUCUUUGUUAGAUGCUGAUGAUUCAGCUGACAUUUCGGGAGAUGAGGAUGAAUACUUCGAUGAUGCUGAUGAUGGUGAGAACAAAUAUAAGGAAACGAAAGUGGAGGGUCGUGGAAUUAUUCGUCUGCCAGUCAAAUCAUCUAAAAAAAUGACUUCAGGCAAAGCGGAAUCUAUUAGACACAAAUCUUCUCCCCGUGUAAAGAAAUUCAAUCACUCUUCAGCAAUCAGGAAAGUGCCUCCAUCGAAGCGGAGACGCCACUAA